CUGGUGCAAGUACUCAGACCAUUGGGAAUACAGAGAUGAAUUCUUUCAAACAUGACCUUGGACAGUAAGGUUGGAAAUUAUGUAUUGGCCAUGUGGUGUGCCUCAAGUCUUUGCAUACCAUGGCCCGAACUCGGUUGCAGAAGAAAGAGAUUCGGGCCUAGCCAAAGCGAGUCAUGACGACGAGAAAACCGACCUUAACGGCAUCGACCAAGCAUCUGGCAUCGAGGAUUUACAAGCAGCACGAAAUGAUCAUCUAUUCACAACAAUCACGCCUUCACGACUUGAUCUGUGGUCAACUCGACCAGUCGUCCUGCUCGCCUCAUUAUCUAGAUCACGAAAGUCGUUGCAAACUUACGGAUACAAUGUAUCUGUUCUGUUCAAGCCAGACGCGACGAUGGUUGUUAUCAGGACCACGGAAAGCUAUUUGAUUACCUACUCCGUGGAAAGCGACCAGACUGCUCGCGCGCUGCAACAGCAAUAUGGGUAUAGCCAAGCAAAACGUCAAAACGUAAUGCGUAUUUUUGGGGCAGACGACACUGCUGGCGUCCCUGAAGUCCUCCUCCGGUUCAAGCGGGCUAUCAAGAUAGACGCUGGUAUCAACUCUUUCAUCGCGUUGGACUCGGAGAUAAUCGUGGCUACUGUCAAACCCGCAGCUGUACAGUGCAUUCGCUGGGAGGCGCAAAAGGAUGGAUCACAUGCUGUUGCACAGUUGCUGUCCAAGAUGGAAUGGCUCGACACAAAAUCCGGUCUGUCGAGCAUGAUUCAUGACCGCGCAAUGAAUCUCUCGGUCUGGUUAUCUCCUGAUGGCCAUGCAUGUGCAGUCCAAAGAGUCAAACCUCAGUUAUCACGAGCUCCAUCUUCAGACGACUCCACUCCCUCCUCGCGAUCAUCAACAACACCUUCGACACGACUGUUUGACGGCUAUUGCUUCCACAAGCCGGAAGAAUCAUCUGCAGCAAAAUACGCCAGCAUCAACGCCCGCUUCUCACUUAUUGCGGUUGCGACCGUUGCUGGAGAGAUCAUCUGCUACGCUGCCAAAGACUAUGUCGGCAAUAUACCUCUGUCACAUACGUUCAAGCCCUCAACAUCCCCAUCGUCUCGUGGUGCUAUAACGUGUUUGACUUGGUCUCCAGAUGGAUAUUGUUUAUUCGCGGGCUACGAAAAUGGUUGGUCAACUUGGUCUGUUUUUGGGAAAGAGGGUGCAUCGACCUUUCACUCGAAUCUGUCCCAUGCCGAGUCUAACGACGAGAGCUUACUCCUUUCUGUUCAAAGAGCAAAUUGGAUCAGUAGCGGAGCUGAAAUUCUCCUGACGACGCCGAAUGACGACCGGAUAUGGAAGCUUGAAAUGUCUCGCAGCGCAGCCAUGGGCUGUUUCUCAUGCGCCAAUCUUGUCCGUGCGCUCCUCCAAACACCAAAGGAAUUGACAGUAUAUCGAGGCCAUGAGCUUCCAGACUUGACGUCUAUCUCGAACGAAGCAUCCCUGUGGCACCACGCUCCGUACCCGCCAGUAUAUCUGCACAAUCAAUGGCCCAUCAAAUCGUGCGUCAUCUCGCAAGAUGGCAGAUAUGUCGCCAUCGCCGGCCGUCGAGGUCUUGCUCAUUAUAGCUUGCAGAGCGGACGUUGGAAAACGUUCUCCGACCUUGCCGUCGAAAGCUCAUUCGCAGUCCGCGGAGGCAUGUGCUGGUUCAAUCACAUCCUUGCCGUGGCCACAGAAAACGCAACCGGGUACGAUUUGCGUUUGUACUCCCGCGACCUUGACCUAGGACGGACACCACUCCACAGUGAGGCUUUCUCGAUGCCAAUUGUGUUCGUGGGUCCCUCGGGCGAAGACUCGUUGCUUGUAUACACCUAUGAAAAUAUCCUCUACCAUUAUAUCCUCAACAUUACUGAUCGAGGCGCCCAACUUGUCCAGGUUGGGCAGAUAGCCUUCCACGGCAUCGUCAGAGCACCCAGCCGAGUGCGCUCUGUCAGUUGGGUCGUACCAGACAGCCAGCUACGCAAUGGUGACCCUUCGCGCGACGUCGAGUAUGCCUCUGUACUCUUCCUCGUGGAUGAUAAACUGGUUUUGUUGCAGUCGUCACGGAACGAGAAGGAUGAAUUGAAAUACGACAUGCGUGUCGUCGCUCAGCACGUAGAGUAUUACAUCCUCAUGCGCGAUCAGAUCUAUUUCAACUUCACCGGCACGGAAGAGUCUGCGCCUCCAACCCCUUCGCCAGGCUCAGCGUUUACGAUGCAGAGUCAACAUCAUUACUCGCUGAGGGACUCUCUUUGGAUAUUUAGUGGCGAAGAACUCAGGCUAUGGCCCGACGUACGUGACCUGCUAUAUCACGCGGCGGAAGGUGACCUUGGUACAUCAGCACUCUUGUCCAUGUCUGUUGAUUUCUACCCCCUGUCGAUCCUAUUGACAAAGGGCGUGGUGUUAGGCAUCGAGUCUGAACUGCUGCAACGCCGGGAUGUCAAUUUUGCACAAUUUAGGUCAGGGAUACGCACACAGCUUUUCCUGCCUUACAUUCUUCGCCACCAGUUGUGCGAAGAACACGAUACAGCAGCGGCUUUUGGUCUGGCGAACCAGUACCAAAAUUUGUCAUAUUUCCCGCAUGCCCUGGAGAUCUUGCUGCACCACGUUCUUGACGAUGAGGUCGACAGAACUAGAAAGGCCAAAGUGGAGGAAGACGACGACUCGCCAGGCCCUCUACCUGCGGUUCUGUCCUUCUUGCAACUCGUCCUCUCCCCCACGACGUACCUCUCCACCGUUGUUCAGUGUAUUCGAAAAACGGAGCUGAGUUCGUGGAGGACAUUGUUCGCCCACCUCCCGCCACCGCUUACCCUCUUCGAGCAAGCCCUCGAACUCGAAGAUUUGAAGACUGCGAGUGGAUACCUGAUCGUCCUGCAAGGCUUGGAGGAGGACGAUGAGCCUGAUAGCUAUGAUACUCAAAAGUUCGAGGACAACGUCAUUCGGCUCAUGAAGUUGGCGCGGCAAAAAUCCGACUUCGAGUUGUGUUCGGACCUGGCCAGAUUCAUGAUCGGGGUCGAUCCCCGUGGCGGUGCUUUACGGAGAGUCAUUGCUGGCGUGGGAUUCACCAACAAACAAAGCCAUCUGAGUCCGCACUUGAUGAUAUCGCAGGACAAGAAGUCGAGCAACAAUAGCUCACCGGGCAGCGGGUCGAGGUUGAGUCCAGUGAGUGGCGGAGACUAUUUUUCGUCAACUCCCGGAGGCUAUUAGAUGUAUAUAGAGAAAGAAAAGAGAUUGAAAAAAGUCAUUGGUGAGUCUCAAAAAUUCUGGCAUUGGAGCGUAUACGUCAAUUGUCCAUAGUGAAAAU